UAUUUCAAAAUUUCAGUUGUCCCCCUGUGUAUUCAUUUGUUCUUGUUUCUCUUUUCUAGGAGCUUGAGUUGCCAAAGGAUCACCCUGCAUAAAAAUUUAUUUUUCUCUUUUGUUUGCAACUCUCUUGUAACAAUAAUUUCAUUGACUGCAGUUGCCAACAAUCAGGAGUUAGUUGCAACUAAUCCAGUUAGUUGCAAAGUAUCACAGUUCAUCUACCUGUACCUAAUGGGUUGCAACUACUUUUGGAUGCUGUGUGAAGGCAUUUACCUGCACACUCUCAUUGUGGUGGCUGUUUUUGCUGAGAAACAACACUUGAUGUGGUAUUACCUUCUUGGCUGGGGAUUUCCACUGAUCCCUGCCUGCAUACAUGCUGUUGCUAGAAGUUUGUAUUAUAAUGACAAUUGUUGGAUCAGCUCUGAUACUCAUCUGCUGUACAUCAUCCAUGGCCCUAUUUGUGCUGCUCUGUUGGUGAAUCUUUUCUUCCUGCUAAAUAUCGUUCGUGUUCUCAUAACCAAGCUGAAAGAUACCCACAAGGCAGAAUCCAACCUGUACAUGAAAGCAGUGAGAGCUACCCUGAUUCUUGUUCCACUGCUUGGCAUUGAAUUUGUGCUGUUUCCAUGGCGACCAGAAGGCCGGAUCGCUGAGGAAGUGUAUGACUAUGUGAUGCACAUUCUUAUGCACUACCAGGGUCUACUGGUGGCUACAAUUUUCUGCUUCUUCAAUGGAGAGGUAGAGUAA